CGGGCUUGCUUGCUCCGAGUUCACCAAGAGCGCGCACAGGCUGCCCCAGGACCCUCACGAGUCUCAACACCACUCUCCGAGGUCGCCAGCCUUAGCCAAUCAAUCAGUCAUGUCCAGGCGCCGCUGGGACGACAGGCCACCCGCCGAGGUGUGCCCUCCCUUCCCCUUCCUGCGCCUGCUGCCGGAGAUGCGGCGCGAGGUGCUCAAAUUCGUCGUGAGCGUGUCGCCGAAUCAUGGCGCGCGGUUCUUUGUGCGGCAGGCGCGUGAAGAACACCCACGCGACCUGAUCGAUACAUAUCAUCGCCCCCUCGAGGGCAUGGACCACCUCCGCGCGGGAAGCGCUACGUGCACGCACUGGAGCACAAGUUCGUGCCUGACGACCGUCAUGCACCACACCCGCACGACGCGCACGGUCUGCUCGGCGAUCCGAGGUGAUAUAGAGGCGCUGGAGGCGCCGCGGUCUCCGCUCGCGACGCCCCGCGUGUGGCUCUCGCACCUGUACGAGGUACCAUCCGCGGCGGUGCGAGACAUGAGUGGCCAGCAAGUGCUACGAGAGCUCCGCAAGCGCUCGCUUGCCGGUCGGCGCGCAAACCUUGUCGCCGAAAUGCAAUGGCGUCAAGACAAGCUCGUUGACGUAAAUGGAUCGCAGAUGGAACGCGCGAAAAUGGCUUCCGGAAAAAGGAAUGCAGAUCGACCGCGCAAUUCCUACGAGCUUGUCGCGAAAUGCCCUGCCUCGUGGAGCAAAAAACGAAAAGAAGCUGCGCUCGAGCUCGCACGCAACGCAAAGUUCAACUCAUUUCGCACCCACUCCUCGUGGGCUCUUACCAAGGUUCGUACCCACGAGGAGCGUCACGCCGUCGCCCCCAUCGACGCGUCGCUCCUAAGCUCGCUGGAGGCCUCGGCGUACGAGUCAUUCUUGAGUUCACUCCGGCAGCAGACAUGGACGGGAUAUGCGGAGUCUGUCACGCUCACGUACCAGAACAGAACAAGCGACGGUGAAAGCGUGCCGGAACCGACUCCAGACGUCAUCGACGAGGUCGGCCGCCGCGUCGCCGCCUUCUUCGGCACGACGACCAUGGCUCAGCAAUCAUGGAUACAGCAAUGGACUAACAAGGUGCACAACGACGAAGAGAUGACCUGGGAACAGUACGAGGACGAAUGCGAGUACUGGGAGGGGUACGAGGAUGACCCGGAGUACAAGGGCGAGCUCGACGACUACCACGACGCGGACCGGCCGCCCCUCACCCGAUGGCAAGACGUCUUUACGAUGGUUCGAUCCAGGUCGCUCCGGGAUGAUGGAACCGAGCUAGCCCUCACGCGCGAUCGAUCACGAAAUCCUAAGCUGCCAGUGGCAAAGAUCGUUGCGACAGUUCACACUCUGCAAAUGCCGGCUGAAGAAAAUGCCAGAGAUAGACGUCGAUGCAUACUUUUCUCGGACGUCCGGUGCCUCGGUGGUCAAGGUCCGGUGAUGCAUCCCGAGGCUAUGUCCAAUUUUCAUAUUGGCGAACAUCCUUGGUUCUCGCAUAAUCGCGAUUCGUAUCUGAACUCCGGCAAGCUGACGGUGUACUGGCGCGAUAUCUCGCAGUUCGGGCUCGAGAUUGAAAUCGCCUUCCCAGCCAUCUCCUAGGACUC